AUGUCUACUUAAGAAACUCUUUAUGUAAUGAAGGAAAUACUGAUUCGAUCUGUAAAGUCUAAUGAGUUGAUAAAGAAGAUUUAUUAGAUUGCUGAACUUAAGUAAUUACUGUUUAUCAUUCAAUAAGUGGAUGAGCAGUAUUAAAGGCCCAACAAAAAAUUGACUAAAGUGAUAAGUUGUGUUUUAGGAGAAAAAAGGAAAAUAAAAUACACAAACAGAAGUGAAAAGCCAGAUUUCUAUUAUUCUUGA